AUGCUAAUAUCAAUUAGCACUUCGCCAUCAGUCUAUAUUAAAUACAGCACCUUGGUGGCAAACUAUGACUGCGAUACAUAUUCUGCGCCCAAUCUAGGUACCAUCUAUGACGAAGUCACGAUUGGAUACCCACCGGACGCCCUGUCAACAGGCGUAUGCUACCAUACCGAUUGGAGGUCGAUUGAUUACACGGAAUUAUACUACCCUCCGCCCGAUCACGAGGUGGUCACGCAAGCUGCGUGUUCUAUGGAUUACAGAGAUCCGCGUACUGUAGACUCGUCCAAGAUCUCGGCUGGUAGUCCAAUAUUUUCUAUUCCCGCCGGUGUCUCGAAAGUCGAUCCUCUUUGGAGCACUUGCACUCCUGCGGCUCCUCGGAGAUACGACCCUCCCCGAGCGCUGAACAAGACUAGAAAUCCUGUUCCGACACCAACUCCCCCGUCUCGUAGGGGCGUAGGGAAUGGAGGUAAUUCGGGCUCUACACCUCAUUAUAAUGGCGGCAACGUAGGGUCAGGGCCAGCCGAAGGGUCGAAAGCGAACGGCGCUGAUCCUCAAGAUCCUGGCGUUUCGACUGCUCCGGAUUCUGCCAGUGAAGGGAACCCAGGCUCCGUCUCUCCCCAAAACGACAGCAACGGAGGGUCAGAGAUCGGUGCAUCUCUACAGGAGGCUCCUGGCGGAGGCCUUGAACUAGGCACUGUGACGAUUGCACCUGGGGCUGAGACCACACACUCAGGUCACGUUGUCUCCGUUGGCUCUAGUCUCGUGCUUGUGGAUGGCACCUCCUUUGAUCUGCAAUCACCACAUCCAGGUGCCCCUCCAGGGCUAGCUUAUACCAGCUCUCCGCCUCAACAGGGUGUAUCUGGUGGUGUUGUGGUAAUGGGUACCAUGAGCCUUCCAUCGGGAACUCAAACAAUAUUCUCGGGGCACACGAUGUCCGUCGGCUCUAAUAUCUUUGGCGUAGAUGGAACCUCUUACCGUAAAGGCGCCAGCGGUGGGCUUGUAUUCGGAACCGUGACUCUCCCUCCAGGGUCCGAAAUCACACAGUCAGGCCCCGUCAUUCCUGUUGGCUCCAGUUCUGCGGUCGUCGAUGGCACCUUAUGCACCUGGGCUGCACCCGCAUCCUCACCAACUUCAACGCCUGCAAGUGAACUGCUUACGACGAUGAUGGUGACACAUAAUGUACUUCUCUGUUUUCUAGAUAUUCAAGCGGGCAUGAUGUUACAUAUCAACCUUCUGGCCUUAUUUGAGGAUCUAUUUCUUAUCCACUUAUAA